GUUCAAAUAGCGUCCUGAUAGCGUCAAUUAGGCUGCACAGUGCAAAGCCCUUUUGUAGUCGCUCCUUAACUAAAACUCCUUGCUGGUCAAGGUGUUUAGGCGACCCUUCUGCUGAUUGAUCUUCCUCUGCUGUCACUUCCCCGAUCCUCAGUGAAGUUCUUUAAGACAUCUCUUGUCCCGCCGACCAAUCCAGUAUUCGACCGCAGGAUUUAUCAAUCACAGUUUAUCCCCUUUUUUCACUUGGCAUCCAACUUCGUUCCAGCAUGCGCUUGAGUAUUGUAUACUUCAUGCUUGGUCUUGGUCUCAGUCUUUUAUCAAAUGUUCGGGCGAUGCCUCUUUCUAACAAGGGAGAUGCUAUGUACAAGAGGACUGAAAAUAACGAGGUCUUCCUUGAAUUUGACUCGGAAUUACAGAAAGACCGCGCGUCCAUUUUGCUCACGAGCGGCUGGCCAUAUAUAUCCAAGAGCAUGCCACCGGCGAUGAACUUACAACAAUCCAAUGUUAAGGUUUCCGUUGGUCAUGGACAUUCAACAAGCACAUCGCUCCAGACCAUUCAAUUCAAGAUCUACGCAGAUCCGCAGCUGCAAACAUUGAAGGGCUAUGGGACCAUCAGGCUUAACAAUCAGGUCAAUUUAUGCACAUUGCGUGUAUUUGACAAUGGAAUGAGAAAUGGAGCGUAUAUUGGCCCAACCCCGGAUGACACGGCCCAGUUUGAACUCAGAAAUGAAGUGAUUGUAGUUGAAGAGAAGUUGCAUGAGCAACUGACAUCAGGAAACCCACCCAUGGGAAAUAGGGCAUAAAUUUGGUAAAAUUGCUGAAAUUUGAUGGAUUAGUUAUUUCUUGAAAUUAGCCAGAUUAUUUAGCCCCCCAUAUAUUUUAGGUGAAAUCAGCACUAAACAGUCGGAUUUCUUCAAAUUAAUGCCUAGUUGCGAGCA